GUUCUCGGUGCCCGGAAACAGAGUCAGAGUGAGAGCUCUUCCCCGCUUCCCCAUCUCUGCUCGCCGCUUUAGGAAACGUGGCCUUAGCGAGAAGACAAGCACCGUAGAUGAAUGAGAAACACACCGCUCAGCCUCCAAGUCUCUCUCUUUGUUUUGUGCUGUAGAGGUCCACUACAGGCUACCGACGCUCCACUUGACAACAUCCCCGAAGAGUCAUGUCUGAAGCAGAGCAAGGCCCGGCCCUGGCCCCGGAGGCCGCGGUCCUGGACGCCCUGAACGCCACGGAGUCCAACGGGACCGAGGCGCUCAACGCCACGGCCAAAUUCGUGGCCACCCCGGAGGGCACGGCGCUCGCAUACGGCAGCCUGGUGUUCAUGGCCCUGCUGCCCAUCUUCUUCGGAGCCCUGCGGUCCGUCAGCUGCUCCAAAUCCAAGGUGCUUGGAGAAAAUGAUUACGAUUCUGGGUACAGAAACUCGGCCGACAUGCCGGAGACCAUCACCAGUCGGGAUGCGGCGAGGUUUCCCAUCAUCGCCAGCUGUACUCUGUUUGGGCUGUACCUCUUCUUCAAGGUAUUUUCCCAGGAGUACAUCAACCUGCUGCUGUCUGUCUACUUCUUUGUCCUGGGCAUCCUGGCUCUGUCUCACACCAUGAGUCCUCUGAUGUGCCGGGUGUUUCCCUCCUCCCUGCCUAACAAACAGUACCAGCUGCUGUUCACUCAGGGCUCUGGAGACUCCAAGGAAGAAAUAGUCAACUAUGAGUUUGACACCAAGAAUCUGGUGUGUCUGCUCAUCAGCAGCGUGGUGGGAGUCUGGUACCUGCUCAAAAAGCACUGGAUAGCCAAUAACCUGUUUGGGCUGGCGUUUGCGCUGAACGGGGUGGAGCUGCUUCACCUGAACAACGUCAGUACCGGCUGCAUCCUGCUGGGGGGGCUGUUCGUCUAUGACGUCUUCUGGGUGUUUGGAACCAACGUCAUGGUAACAGUUGCCAAGUCCUUCGAGGCACCAAUCAAAUUGGUGUUUCCUCAGGAUUUGUUGGAGAAAGGUCUUGAGGCCAGUAACUUUGCCAUGCUCGGUCUGGGUGACAUCGUCAUCCCGGGCAUCUUCAUCGCCCUGCUGCUGCGCUUUGACGUCAGUCUGAAGAAGAACAGCAGGACGUAUUUCUACUCCAGCUUCCUGGCCUACAUCUUCGGUCUGGGCCUCACCAUCUUCGUCAUGCACACCUUCAAACACGCACAGCCGGCGCUGCUGUACCUCGUCCCGGCCUGCGUCGGCUUCCCCGUCAUCGUAGCACUGUUCAAAGGAGAGCUCACAGAGAUGUUCAGAUACGAGGAGUCUUCUGAGGAGGCGGAGCCUAAAGAGGACUCGUCAGAGUCAGACAAGAAGGACCAAUAGCAUCCAUCGCUGACGCCCCCCCUCCCCUCCCCCUCCUCCCCCGCCCCAGAUACUUUCAUCCAGCCUGCUGCCGCCACAUUUCACUGCAGCCCCUCCCCUCCUUCUCUUCCUGUUCAUUGCUAGGGGGAGGGGCUCGUGUUGCCGACGUGUUGUCUCUGGUAACCAUGGGAAUGGUCUCCGCUGGUCUCCGUGGUAACGGCUGUUGUCGUGGUAACGCUGGUGGUGGUGGUGGUAGUGGUGUACAUUAAAGGUUGUCUCGUUACAACAGCUCAGACUUGGUGCCUACCAUGAUUCCCUCUCUGCGUCUCUGCUGCAGGCGCACAGCAACAGGAAGUGAGGAACAGGAAGUUAGAUUUGGAACAAGACGGCCAUAUUUAGAUGUAGAGCUACACAGAUGCUGAUGUUUUGAGUCUCUUGCUGAGUUUCCCCCAAAAGGAGCAAACCGUGACAUCGGCUGUCGACGUCUCCGUGCGAUGCUUUCAAACUCAGACAGAAAAAAUCCGUGGAAUAAAAGUUUCCAAAGAGCAAGAGAACAUAAAAGUAGAAAAUGUGGAAACCCACGUAACGCACAACAACAAAUUUGUUUGCCACCAGCAGAGUUUGACCUUCAGAGCAAUAAUGAACACACACACAGAUUUUUUUUUUUUUUUUUUUUUUUUAAACUCAAAAAUUUGUUGGUAAAUUCCAGGCCAUUUCCCAUCACCUUUUUCACAUUUUCAAAAGAAAUCAAGUGAAUUUGCUCACAUUUUUAAAUAUUAAAUUCUAUUAAAUUUGUCCUGAAUAUGCAUUAAAAAUCUGUUACAUUUUUCUCUCGUAGACGGCCAGUGGUAAAAUCAUCUUGAUAGUGAUGCAUAAUAUUAUUUUCUAAUAUAAGCACAAUCACAUAAACAAAAUUUCUGUAUUCCUUGCUGGGUUAAAAUAAUACUCAUCACUUUGAGCCCGAGCCUGUGUCUGUGUUCAUUUCCUGUAUUGAUCAGCCCUAUUGAUCGCAGAUGAAUUAAUACGUGGUUUCCCACCUUUUCUGUUUUUAUCCAAAUUCAGUCGCGUCGUGUUUCAGAGCAGCCGCACACCAAACUAACUGUCCUGCCAGCCUGGUUUUUACCGCCUGCCUCUGUGUUCCUGUGCACCUGCAGCCUGUCUCACCUGACCCACCUGACCCCGGGUCAGACGCACCUGGACCCGGUCUUGUUUUCUACUUCCUGAGAAAAAAAAAAAAAAAGCUUCAAAAACCAUGAGACAAAAUCAGCACGUCUCUUUUUUUAAACUCUGAAGCCUUCACGUUCAGACCCGUACGAACCGCGUCGAGCCCGUUUUGAAAUGUUUAUGAAUGUUUGAUAGAUCUGCUACACACACAAUCACACACACACACACACACACACACACACACACACGCCACUCCAGCUCCAGUCUCUCCUUAACAGAUGGUGGAAAAUGUGCCGUGUUGGUCGGUGGCUCUGAAGCGUCUGUCCGGUUUAUUUGGCCCGGGGUCGAUCACUCUGCCUUCUGCUUUUUCUCACGUCAGCCACUUUCUUUUCUUUUCUUUUGUUUCCUUUUUUAUUUUCUUGCAAAAAAGGCCAGAAUUUUAAGAUGCAGACAUGUUUUUUUUUUUAUUUUAGUAUUAUUAAUAAUAUUAUUAUUAUUAUUAUCAUUUUAGUUUUUAACUGGUACGAUUAUGUUUGCCUGUUUUUCUUAAAGAGCUGUGCUGUGGACGCCCAACAAGCCCAACCCCAGGGGUCUCCCGUUACUAUAGCAACGAGCAUGUAGCAGGACUGUGGAGCCAACAUGGCUGCCAGCACAACAGAAUAAAUCAAAUAACAUCUUGACUGAGCAGAAUUCAAUUUAUUUCUGAGCCACGGGUCUUUCUAGCAGCGGGAUUGGGAUUGUAUUUAUUAAAUGUUAGGAAAGUCGUGGGAUUAAUCCUAGAAAGACAGAAGUGGCGCUGUCUUCCUCUCACCGCUCUUGAGCGCUGGUUGCUCCAAAUGCUAACCGUUAGCCUCCAGCCAUUGAGGCGAACUUCUCAAAAAUAUCCGCCGUAAUCCCGUCAGAAACGGUUCACCAUCACUUUACUGGUGGUCGAUUUUCCAAACGAAAACACACAUACGACUACCAAGCACAUGAUAGUUCUACUCAAAAUACUGUUUAUAACUAUUUUUCCUGUUAUCAGCAUCUCUGAGUGGAUUAAGGCAAUUAUUUUUGAGACUGUUAGCCGGGGGGAAGGAGGCUAACGGUUAGCGUUCGGAGCAUCCGAUCAGUAUCUGGCGCUCGAUAACAACCAGAGCAAGACGGCGCCACUGCUGCUCUACAGAAUACAUAAUGAUAUCGCUUGGUUCAAAAUGGCUGGACUGUCUCUUUAAAGUGCAAGUGGAAUGGCAGUCUGCUAAACCGGGGGCGAUGCGUUGAUUAUUUUUUCCCCCAUUUCUUUCAGCCUCUGUUACAUUAGUGUCCGGUCGGUAGCUGAGAGUUAAAGCCCCGUUCAAACUGAGUCGGUGUGUGAAUGUGUCGCUUUGUGAAUGUCAGUCAGCCUCCAGGGGAAACGCUCAAAAAGAAGAUGCAGCAAAAACCAAAGGGACCAAACGUUUCCUCUCUCUCAGCUCCUGUUUUAUCUUCUUCCCCCGGUUAUUUGACCCGACUCGGGGAUGCAGAAUGAGUUUUAUCUUGCCUGGGUAAAGGAUAGAUAAUAAAAAAGAAAGAAAAAUUCUACAUAUAUAUAUAUAUAUAUAUCUCCUAGUUCUUCAGUCUUAAAGUUCUGGCCUGUGAGAGGAGGAAGAGAAGAGUGAAGCUGAAAACGACCAGUCCUGACUUCCCUCGCGCCUCACAUCAUUCUCAAACCCUAUUGGCGGAGAGGCUGCAAGGGGGGGCGGGGCCUCAGGCAUCCACGUCCAAUCAGCUGUGAGAGUGAGCUGAGGCGACGGGAUGCCAGGUGUCUUCCAAAGCGUCCUCUGGCUGUUUUGUCACACAGAUCUGACUUUGAACAGCUUGUGACUCAGAUGCGUUUUAUUCUCACAGCUAAAUGGCAAAAAAAAAGAAAAAAAAUCAUUAAAUUAAUCAGCUCCUGUGUGAGGAAUGUGUUAUUUUUUUCUUUCUCUGGGCCGACAAGCAGUUUCACAUCAGAUCUGUCCACCCCAAGACAAAAAGCAGCAACUGAGACGAGUCCUGCACCCCAACAGUCCCAAUCUCAUGGUGCUGCAGGGGACUGUACAAUAUUUAAUCACAUGCAGGGGUGUCAUUUUUUUUUGAUCAUUGGAUUUAAUCUUUAAAACACAAACGGACGUCACCGCUGCUUGGACUUUGGCCUCAGCCAGAGGAAACUUCUGGAACAGCCGCCGGGACUGGCCGCUUUCAGCCCCUGAUGUUGUUUGAUGCUUGAUGUUCUCGAUGUUAAUGCUUUAUUAUUAAGAGAUGAACAGUUUUUUGUAUUUUGAUGUAAAAAUAAUAAUGAUAACAAGGAUCAUUGUCAUAUUCAGCUUGGUGAAGUUCAGUAGCCCCUUUAUCAUUUUAAAAGAAAUGUACCUGAAAUCGUUUUUCUCUGGUUGUAUUUGUGCAGGGCGCCGUCUGUUCGCCGCCCACGACUGUAUCUAUUUUAUUUGCAAUAAACUUUUUGGUGUUUUGAUCACCGCAUAGAGAAGCAUAA